GUUCAUCGUUAUCCUUGCCAUAUCCUGCGAUCCAUUUGACCCGGAAACAAUUAUCAAGAUCAGACAGGGCAGAAGCGGAGAGCACGUGGAGCAAUUGACUAAAGUUGUAGGCUAGUGUCAGCAAUUGGCAUCCGGAUUAAAUUCAAAAUCAACACUGUCUUGCAAAGCAUGAACUGGAAUGAAGAUAUGACUCAUCGGAUCACGCAAUUCAAGCCCUUCCGAUGGAACCUCUUCCGAUUCCUGGUCGUCACGGGCGAAAACGACAACGAGCAACACAAGCGCGACACACGUUCGUUUCUUGUGAGCAAUGAGCAGUAGAUGAUGUUUUGUGACAGACAAAAAGCAUUUAAAGUGUUUUGUACCUUGGACAAUGAGAUGACGAAAGGAAGCUACUUCGCCUUAAAAGAGCACAUGCGCUUUCUAGACAAAGGUGAUGGGGAAGGGAAAGCGAGUGAGAGUAUAUCGAAUAUUGAAGCAAGAAAUGCGAUGACACAGGUGGGACGGGAGCGGUACUUGACCGUUGAGAGGGGUUGGUUUUGUGUUUGGACCAAGCCAGCACAAGUAGGGUGCGCCUCAAUUGUUGACAAAACAGAGGAAUUGGAAUGGUAAUGGUAUUUAUAUAUGGCUGUGGAUGGGCAAUAUUACUCGGACAUAAGGGAGCGUUUGCAG